AUGAAAGACAAUCGACUAGUAAAGCAAGGGCACAUAUACUCUCCAUAUCAAAUUUCAGAAUUUAUAGUUGCUUUGCAUUGUCCAAGUAAUAUUUUGGCACUAACUCUGCCUUUAAGUAAACUAUUGCAGAAGAAAGUUUUAAAUGUCAAUAGUGCACAAGAUGUUUUACUUAACACUCUACUCGUUUUAAAAGAUAAACGCCUGAAUGCCGAACAGAACUUUGAUUAUUUAUUAAAUGAUAUCAAUGUCUGCCCUAGGAAUUUAGAAAUUGAUUUAUCCAUCCCUAGAUUAACUACUUUAAUGAGAAAUCGACCUAAUCCUCAAACGAAAUCCCCAAAGGAGUACUACAUUCCUUUACUAGAUAGUACUACUAUAUUAGAUUUAGAGUCUCGCUUUCCAAAAGGUACUAUUGAAUUAUUUUACUAG